AUGCCUUCUGUCGCUCGCGUCCCCGUCCAACUCAACCCCCACUACAAACGAAACGGCCUCAAGUCCUACGUCUAUCUGCUUAACAAGUACAAGUUCGUUCCCACACUGCGAGGCCCGUACUCUGCGACCCGGGGCCAGGCUCUUUUCAAACAGAGCGCUGACGGAACACAAGCCCAAGUCCUUCCUGCUGCUAAACAUCCGUCCAGCCCAGCUACUGAUCAGCAGAACGACUCUCUCUACACUUGUCCUGUCAAAAUCGGCACCCCGGCUCAGACUUUGAACCUGGACUUCGACUCUGGAUCAUCGGACCUCUGGUGCUGGUCUACUGAGUUGCCACGAACCACUCUCUCCGCAGGCAAAGGCCAUACCAUCUUCGACCCUUCCAAGUCCUCAACAUUCAAGAAUCAGCCCCAGUCUACCUGGCAGAUUCAGUACGGAGAUCAGUCGUCGGCUUCGGGCACGGUCGGCACCGACAACAUCCAAAUCGGGAACAUCACCGUCAAGGGUCAAGCAAUCGAACUUGCCAACAAGCUGUCGUCCCAGUUCACAGAGGAUGCCUCGUCAGAUGGCCUUCUUGGUCUUGCGUUCGGCUCCAUCAACACUGUGAAGCCAACUCCUGUCAAGACACCCGUCGAGAACAUGAUUGCCCAGGACGACAUCCCCCAGAACGCUGAAGUCUUCACCUGCUACCUUGGAUCCAUCAAAGACCCCAAUGAAGAGUCGUUUUAUACCUUUGGCGAGAUCGAUCAAUCAGUUGUACCAUCGGGUUCUCAGAUUGCAUACACCCCGGUCGACAAUUCUCAGGGCUUCUGGAUGUUUGACUCGACGUCUGCAAAGGUCAAUGGCAAGACUAUCCAGCUUUCUGGCAACAAGGCUAUUGCCGACACCGGCACCACGCUUCUGCUCACAUCCGACGAGGUGUGUGAGGCUGUCUACUCGGCAAUCCCUGGUGCCAAGCAGGAUAGCAGCCAGCAAGGCUGGGUGUUUCCUGCCAACACCGCCGAAGCAGACCUACCUACCGUCACCUUCAUGGUUGGCAACACUCCGAUCACAAUCGAGAAGAAACACCUUGCUUUUGCGGGUGGUCUCGAAGGUAACAUGGCGUAUGGUGGGAUUCAAUCUCGAGGUGACCUGACAUUUGAUAUUCUUGGAGACACUUUCUUGCAGAAUGUCUACGCCGUCUUUGACGUCGGAAACACUCAAUUCGGCGUGGUGCAGCGAGCUCCACCAAGCACUAGCUAG